UUGAUGCAUACAUAAACUGGUUACGCCUAUAGUCUACAAAACAGCUAGAGCUUCUAAUUAAUCGAAAAUCUCACAAACCCCAAUUUAUUAAUUAAUUAUAUCGCCCAAAUAAUCACCGUUGUCAGAUCUGAUUCACCGCCGGCGAUCCGAUGUGGCUCACCGUCCGAUCACUCCCUCUCCUUCUCCUCGCUCUUCACCUCAUCGUCUCGCCGGCGUACGCUUCUGAGUCCGAUCACAAGUAUCAAGCAGAUGAACAUGUAAAAUUAUGGGUGAAUAAGGUUGGGCCUUACAAUAAUCCACAAGAGACAUACAAUUAUUACAGCCUGCCAUUUUGCCAUCCAUCUGGUCACGCUGGUCACAAGUGGGGUGGUCUUGGUGAAGUUUUGGGUGGAAAUGAACUUAUUGAUAGCCAGCUGGACAUAAAAUUUCAGAAAAAUGUGGACAAGAGUACCAUCUGUGAACUUGAGCUUGAUGAAGCAAAGGCCCAAAAAUUUAAGGAUGCUGUUGAAAAUAGCUAUUGGUUUGAAUUUUUUAUUGAUGAUCUGCCAUUAUGGGGAUUUGUUGGUGAGCUACAUCCUGAUAGGAAAAGUGAUAACAGAAAGUAUAUUCUCUACACACAUAAGAAUAUCAUCAUGCAGUAUAACAAAGAUCAGAUUAUUCAUGUUAAUCUCACCCAAGAGAACCCAAAGCCUCUGGAAGCUGGGAGAACAUUGGAAAUGACAUAUUCUGUUAAAUGGGAACCAACAAAUAUCACUUUUGCUCAUCGUUUUGAUGUUUAUCUGGACUACCCUUUUUUUGAGCAUCAGAUUCAUUGGUUCUCUAUUUUCAAUUCGUUUAUGAUGGUCAUCUUCCUCACGGGUCUGGUAUCAAUGAUAUUGAUGCGAACUCUAAGAAAUGACUAUGCUAAGUAUGCUCGUGAAGAUGAUGAUUUAGAAACUUUGGAAAGAGAUGUAAGUGAAGAGUCUGGCUGGAAACUUGUUCAUGGAGAUGUUUUUAGGCCGCCUCACAAUUUGGUAUUACUCUCAGCCGUGGUUGGUACUGGGGCCCAGCUGGCUACACUGGUUCUUCUUGUUAUCUUGGUUGCGAUAGUUGGUACAUUAUACGUCGGGAGAGGAGCAAUUGUUACUACUUUUAUACUGUGUUACGCCUUCACCUCGUUUAUUUCUGGUUAUGUAAGUGGUGGGAUGUAUUCACGAAUGGGGGGGAAGAACUGGAUAAAGUCAACGAUCUUGACGGCGUCUUUGUUUCCAUUUUUAUGCUUUGGGAUUGGAUUUGCGCUGAAUACAGUUGCUAUAUUUUAUGGUUCUCUAGCAGCUAUUCCCUUCGGCACAAUGGUGGUUGUUUUUGUCAUUUGGGGUUUUAUCUCCUUCCCUCUGGCUCUUCUUGGCACAGUUGUCGGAAGGAACUGGAGUGGCGCUCCAAACAAUCCAUGUCGUGUGAAGACAAUUCCUCGUCCUAUUCCUGAGAAGAAGUGGUAUCUCACACCGUCUGUGGUGUCAAUUAUGGGAGGAUUGCUACCCUUUGGCAGCAUUUUCAUUGAGAUGUAUUUUGUCUUUACUUCUUUUUGGAACUACAAGGUGUAUUAUGUCUAUGGAUUUAUGCUGCUGGUCUUUCUGAUUCUCAUUAUUGUCACUGUAUGUGUGACAAUUGUGGGGACAUACUUUUUGUUAAAUGCUGAGAAUUAUCACUGGCAGUGGACUUCAUUCUUCUCUGCUGCUUCCACAGCUGUUUAUGUGUACUUGUAUUCAGUAUAUUAUUUCUCUGUGAAGACUAAGAUGUCGGGAUUUUUCCAAACCAGCUUUUACUUUGGAUAUACCCUGAUGUUCUGCCUUGGUUUAGGAAUCUUAUGUGGAGCUGUUGGUUAUUUGGGAUCUAAUCUUUUUGUAAGGAGGAUAUACCGGAAUAUCAAGUGUGACUAGUUAUUUUUAAAAAAGAACUCAAGGUUGCUUCUUCAUGCUCGCCGGAUACAUGUGGCAGCUUUUUUCUCUUCUCUUGGAAACCUAACAUCCAACACAAGUAAUAUCCACAACCAUCAAGGUUGCAUGCAAAUGUUCAAUUUGGAAGAGCCCAUUUUUUCAGUAUUUUUUUUCAUUGGGCCGUUGAAGAAAGCCUUCUUACUUGAAUUAGAAUCCAGAGAUUGUCUAUUAUAAAGGUAAGUAUUAAGUUAGAGGCUUAUAUGUGAUGUAAUUAGUGUCCCCCCACAAAAAGAAGAAAAGAAAAGAAUUGGAGGCCAUCUGUUGUACUGCCAUGGUUUUUAUGUUAUUUUUCAUAUUAUACUGUUUAUUACUGUGAAACAUUAAGAGGGACGAGACAAUGGAUAUUAUGCCUGUAAACAGUUAUAUCUUUACAUAUUUCAUUACAUUAACAUGACCA